UCCCGCCACCUACAUCUACAGUCGUUUCACAAACCAGUGUCUCAGAGGGCAUACAUCUUCAAGCAUGCGUUUUCCAGACGCCAAGAAACUGUGUAUGGAGAACUCAGGACAUCUCGCCUUCAUAAGAUCUGAGGAGGACAACAAACAAGCUUCCAUUGUUGCAAACGACAGAACUGUAUGGAUCGGUCUGGAGCGCGCUAACAUCGAUGUUGCUUGGCGCUGGACAAACGGACAGGCCCUUUGGUCCUACAGCAACUGGAAUCCCGCAAUGGAGAAUGCAACUGAUCAGAUUUAUGGCAAGAUGUUUGUUUCUGGCUUAUGGGGUGCCUAUGGCGUAAAUGGGAAGUUAAAUGCUCUCUGUGAGAUUGACGUUGAGGUGAAUGACGAUGCACCUUGGUGCAUAUAGAUGCUCAUGUAUUAUGUAUGUAUUGAAUAUAAUAUAUCAACUACCAACCAUGUCUGAAGAUGGAGCGUUACAAUUCUGUUUCUACAAACAGGGUAGUGAUAUAUAUAGCACAGAAAGCGUGAUAACGAGUCAUGUACCCAUUAUGUUCAGUAUUGUGCAAAACACUUACAACAACCACCUUAACACUGUU